AUGUCGUUCUUCUCUUUGAUACCAGAUAUCCUGCCCAUGAUCUUACCGUCCGCGGUUCAGGUUACGCGAGCAACCGAUCUGGAGGCCCAGAGGGCUGGUAACAGCUCUCCCAUGAUUCGGCAGGGAGCCGUCAUUGUCCUGAUAGCCAAACCACAAUGUUCCUCUGCCGUACAUCACCAUGGAGAGCAAGACACCAUCAUAUAUGCCGCAUCCGGCCGCGGCAUCCUCGUCACUAAUCCAGGCAACGAAGAGGAACCCAAACUGAAGAGGCAGGAGCUCUCGCCCGGCGAUUUCGCUUUCAUUCCGCCAUGGACAGAGCACCAGGAGGUCAAUGACACCGACGAAGACGUUGUUUGGAUUCUUAUACGCAGCGGGCCAGAGCCGAUAGUAGUCUACUUGACGGAUUGGGGCGGUGACGAAGCAAAGGCAGAAUAA